AUGAAUAAUAUAACACCAUGCCACCAAAAAAAGAAUUUAAAAAGUUUUCAAAGAAUAAAAAGAAAUCAAAAGAAGGAAAAAGUAUUCAAAUCAACUGGAAAACGAGGGAGGCUAAUUGUCAGAAAUCUCCCCUAUUCUAUAACUAAAGAACAGUUACAAAGCUAUUUCGAAUCUUUCGGUAAAGUGACAGAGGUGAAUAUUCCCUAUCACGAGGGAGGCUCUAAACCAAAAGGCUUUGGAUUUGUGAAUUUUGUGUCUAGAUUAUCAGCGGAUAAAGCUACUGAAGCGCUCAAUGAGAAGGAGUUUAUGGGAAGGAAAUUACUGAUUGAGAGAGCCGUCGACAAAAAUAGAUUUCUUGCUAAUAAUGCUGGCGAAGAGAGUGGUGGCUUCGAAGGAGAGAGCAGUGGUGAGAAAAAUGGGACAACAAACGAAAGGAAUGGAAUGAUGGACGAAGGAGAUGCGCAGGUCAAAGAUGAAAUCAAAGAAGAAGGUCCUGAUGAUUUCAAUGAUACAAAGGAAAGUUCACAGACCGACUCUGUCAAAGAUGAAUCUGAGAACACAAAAGAUGUCAAUGGUGAUUUUCACUCGAAGAAGCACGGACCUCCCGACGAGGAGCAUGUUGGGGAGCAGCUCCCUGGGUGGAUACCGAAGAAAAAGAAAGCUCGAAUCAUCAUUAGAAAUCUAUCUUUUAAGUCAACGGAAAGCAAAUUGUCUGAUCACUUUAAAAAAUUUGGAGAGAUUAUUGACCUGCAGCUGUUGAGAAGGGUUGAUAACAAACUGGUUGGCUGCGCAUUUGUAGAGUUCAAUAACAAAAACAGUGCGGCUAAGGCUAUCCUCGAAACAAGUGGCCAACCAUUCUUAGGUCGGCCUAUUGUAGUGGAUUGGGCGAUUCCAGCUAAAGAGUUCAAAAAAGUCAACAAAAGAAAUUCCCAACAAACGGAUGGGGAUGUGAAAGUAAAAGAAGAGGUAAUCAGUGAUGAUGAAAUGGAAGAAAAAUUCCAUCAGAAUGGAAAGAAUAGCGAGGAUUCAGAUGAUGAGAAACCAGAAAUCAAAGAGGAGUCAUCCAGUGAAUACGAAUCUGAAGACGAUAGUGAUGAAGAGGACACGAAGCAUAAAAUUAAAAGUGACGAAGAGGAAGAUGAAGACGAAGAUGAUGAUGAUGAUGAAGACGAUUACGAUAGUGAAGAAAUCGACAGCAAACAAGAGAUGUCGGUUGAGCGAGAUCGUAAACCUUCAAAAUUUGAAGAACCCGAACCCAAGAAGGCCAGAUACGAGUCGCACGAUGUGGAUGAGGGCAGGACGGUGUUCAUCAAGAAUGUCCCUUUCUCUGCUACUAAGGAAGAACUGGCCAAGUGUGUGAGGCGGAUGUUUGGUCCUAUUUUCUAUGCGCUGAUUUGUGUGGAUCCCCAGACUGAGCACUCCAGGGGUACUGCGUUUGUAAAAUUUCAGAAAAAAGAAGACGCAGACAAAUGUCUGUCAGCAGGCACAGAGUUCACAUUGAACGGAACUGUUCUCGAUCCCCACCCGGCCAUUGAUAGGAAAGCGCUCAAAGAUAAAAUGGACAAAGAAAAAGAGAAAGACAGAGAUUCCAGAAAUCUGUAUCUCAUCAAAGAAGGAGUUUUCCAGAGGCCCAUCGUUUCGUUUUCAAUUGAGAACAGAAGAAUCAUCAAUAUAAAACAGAAGCGGCUGGCAAGAAGUCGAGUAAACAAUCCGCUUAGCAAAAAAUUCGACCCGGUAUCGAAAGCCAAGGCCGAUGCUAGAAGAGAGGAAAAAGCUCAGCGGUUGGGACAAGUACCGGGGGAGGAAAGUAACAAGAACCAAGCUGGAAAUGUUGAUAGGAAAAACAGAAAAAACAAAGGGAAAAAUAGGGGAAAGAAUAAUGAAGGAAACGUUAGAGCAAAUAAUGAGAAAGGUAUGGAGAAUAGUUUGAAGAAUAAGGAGGAGGAAGAUUACCGAGGAGUGACGGCUAAACCGGGGAAAACUAAAUUACGCGCCAAAUUCAAACUGAAAAAACAGGCGCAAACGCAUGAGGCAUCGUUGAAGAAGAAUAAGAAGGAACAAAAGAAAUGAAGAAGAAAGAAAUGUUGA